AUGUACCUUCUGACUUUAAGUGAAUCGAAACCGCCAAAUAUAGUAUUUAUAGUUGCAGACGAUUUGGGUUGGAAUGAUGUGGGGUACCAUAACCCCGAAAUAAAAACCCCGAAUAUCGAUAAACUGGCACGGGAAGGAGUUAUACUCAACCAAUCUUAUGUUCAACCACUUUGUAGUCCGUCUAGAAGUUCGUUUAUGAGUGGGUAUUAUCCUUUUAGAACUGGCUUACAACAUUUAGUAAUCAUAUCCUUCCAACCCGUCUGUUUACCUCUCAAUAUAUCUACUCUACCACAAGAACUGAAGAAACUCGGAUAUGCCACUCACAUGAUUGGCAAAUGGCAUCUCGGUUUCUGUAAAUGGGAAUGUACUCCAACAUACCGAGGCUUCGAUUCAUUCUUUGGAUAUUACAAUGCUGAUGAAGACUACUAUAACCACAGUCUUAGUAGAGUGCCUUUCAAAGGAUAUUUUCUGGAUUAUCGUGAUGACCGUCAACCUGUUAGGGAUCAAGAUGGCGUCUACUCUACGCAUGCCUUUACCAAGAGAGCUGAAUCUGUCAUCUCGCAACAUGAUACCAGUAAACCUUUAUUUCUGUAUCUACCUUACCAAGCUGUACAUGAACCUAUCGAGGUACCAAAACAAUAUGAAAACAUGUAUCCUAAUAUACAGUCAGAAGGUAGACGCAAAUUUUCAGGUAUGGUCUCAGCUUUAGAUGAAGGAAUUGGGAAUGUAACUGCAGCUUUAAAACAAAAAGGAAUAUAUGAUGAUACCAUUAUACUCUUUACUGCAGACAACGGUGGAUGGGUGUCGUACUAUGGUAAUAACUAUCCAUUACGAGGCGGUAAAUUUACUAUAUACGAGGGAGGAACUAGAGGAGCUGCCUUUAUUCGUGGUACUGGAAUUACUGGCAACAGAACAUACGACGAAUUAAUCCAUGCUGUUGAUUGGUUACCGACAUUGGUGAGUGCUGCUGGCGGUUCAGUAACUGGUCGAGACGGACAAGAUCUAUGGAAAUCAAUAUCUACCGGUUCUGGAGAAAAUAGAACAGAAUUUAUUUAUAAUAUUGAUGAUGAUUUCCCACCAGUUGAAGGCCAUGCUGGUAUAAGGUAUUAUUUUUUUAUAUUCUUCAUCAUACCUAUGUUACCUGUCCUAAUGGGAGAUUAUAAGCUGAUAGAAGGUUAUCCUGGUCUUUUUCCUGACUGGUAUAAGCCCGACACAGAAAUGAGUUCUCUCGAUGAUCCAGUAGAGGAAUUUAUGGCGAGAGAAGGUUAUAAAGCUGACAACGGGUACCAGCUUUUCAAUAUUAAAGAGGAUCCAACAGAACACAACGAUCUAUCAACAAAGAACCCAGAAAUAGUUGCCAAGUUAAAGGCAAGAUUGGAAUAUUACAGAAAAACUUUUUACGUUAAGCCAAAUUUCCCGAUCUUACCGGAUUUCGCCGCUGACCCAACAAAAUUCAACAACACUUGGUCACCAGGCUGGUGCUAG